GGGGGCAGUCACGAAUGCGGGCAAAGCAGCAGAGUCUACUAUAGUUGCAGAUGGGUCGUAUGGCAACCGCAUGGCAUACGCUGCAGACGCUUCUUCCUCUCUAGCAAAGAGCAGUCCAUCUUGUAGGGUUGCGCCACGCUCGUCGUGGAGGAUUUGUUGCUUCAGAGAAACAGCAUGUCAUUGGUUGAAAACAAGUUGAAGCUCAGGCUCUCUACUACAGACACGCCAGUGCGCUUCACACACAUCGUCGUUUUUCCACCAUUAUCAUCCUCCUGAAAGAACUAAGAUUGAUGCUACCGAUAAGCUUCCACUUCGAGCAGUCGACCAUCAACUACAACGACAUACUUGCUACUGGCGGGGAUCUCUUGCAGGUCGUACAUGUGCCGGCUGCUGUUGGCCCACGUCCACGAAGAGGUCGCGGGGGGAUGAGGCUUGGCUCCAGCCACCGCCACCAUGACCGGUGUGGUGCUGCUGCCCUUUUAUCCUCGCCCAUCGCCCGCCACCGGGGCCGGGCCCGGCGGCGGUCUACCCCCUCGCUGGCUAUCGCCGCCACCGCGGCUGCCGCCGCUCGAGCGGCGUUCCUCAGCGCCCUCCCUCGAACGCGCGCGCCGCAGUUGCUGCUGGAAACGACACUGCUCGUUGGUGGGAAGCUCGGACUGGUGGUAGCGGCAAAAUCCGCUGAGGUCGUCGUUGAACACGUCACCGUUCUUCUUCUCUCCGUCUCGAUCUGGGCCGCCAGCUGCUGCGUGACCGCCGUCUUGACCCCCGGAUGCCCCCCCACUUCCCCCGCCGCUCCGGCCCAUGCCGGACGCGGCGAGAGCGAGCUCCACCUCGCGCCUCUCCCCCUUGCUCCUCUCGCGCUCCAUCUCCACGUGGGUGUCCCUCACCACAGUCUCAAGGGACUGCGGCAAGAACAUAACGAAGACUAUCUCUCCCCUCCCGUCCGCCCACGCGCGUGGUAUCAAUGCAUUUGCAUGUGGUCGCCCUAUUCUGCGCCACCUCAGUAUCUGGAUGGGAUUAGCGUGCCGGAAGACGUGGUUUCGACUCCUAACCCUCUGCUCGUGGUGAACGGCAGGGUCAACAUGGCCGCGCCGGAUGUAGGCGCCGGGGGGGGCGGGGAGACUCGUCAGAUUGCGGCCAUUGAGGCCAACCACAUGGUUUCCACCGGAAGGGUCAAUACUCGCGUCGGCCUGUAAAGUUGUUGUUGCUACGGCAAACGCCUA